AUGGAGCUCCAGGAAGACAACAGGGGAGCGUAUCCCACCCUCAUUCAAAUAGCCCCUCUCCAGCCUUACCUCUGCUCUGUGCCUGAUGACCUGCCGCAGGAGAAGGAGUACCUGAGAAGUCACAUCUUUCCACAACUGGAUACACUGUGCCAGACCAGAGGGACCUGCUUCAGAGCCCUGGACCUCCAGUGGAGUGACGGGGAGAUGGGGGCAGAGGAGGAGGGGGAGGGCCACGAUCACCACAGUGUCCACAACCAUCGCCCCGUCUCCUCCCAGCGGCUGAAGGUCAGCCUUGACCUCAUAAGCUGCUCCCCCUUCUUUCUAUGCCUGCUGGGACACCGCUACGGUCAGUGGCGUUCCGAGGGCUCACCGCCUCUGCCCGCCUCUGGGGCGAGGUACGAAGGGCCGUCCGACGUGGAGAGAAAUUUGCAUUUGGCCAGCAAGAGCGGCUACCCCUGGGUCCUCCAGGGCAGGAACCAGACAUGCAGCCUCACCGAACUGGAGAUCGCCCAGGCCGUACGCGUGAAGGAUCCCAGGGGGGCGCUUUUCUUCUACUUCAGAGAUUACUCCUUUCAGGAGGGAGAAGGGGAAGCCCCGGACGAAAGACAGAGGGCGCUGUUGCUGAAGGUAUGGACCAGCCAGACGGAAUACGAGAGGCGGAGGAUGAGGGAGCUGAAGACGUGGAUUGUGGAUAGGUGUCUGCCAGUCAGGUUCUUUAGAAACGUUGAGGAGCUCGGUGACCUGGUGAAGAGAGACUGGAGCUGCAUCAUCGAACAGCUUUACCGCUUAGACGCACAAUCAGAACACUCAGGUCAGUUUUCAUUUGAGGGAAACAGCGGGGAGCCAGAGAAGUCGAUACUACUGCUCUGUGGGCCGAGGGGUUGUGGGAAGACAUCUCUGGUCGCCUGGUGGCUCCAGGUGUUCUGCAAGAAGAACCUGGGACUUCUUGUGAUCCCUCACUUCCCUGGAUUGAGUCUCUCCACCACCGAUGUCAGGACUAUGCUGAGACAAUGCAUCUCUCUGCUUCGCCAGGCCCACUAUGGUCUGCAGGCUGAGUGGAGUGAGAGGGUGGAGGAGCGGGUGGAGCCCAGGCCCAUCUGUCAGGUGGUUCAGGACUUCCUCGUUGCCAGUGCUCUUGGACCCUGUGUCCUGGUUCUGGAUGGACUGGAUCAGCUGACCGGAACCCUGGGUCUCUCAGCACAGCAGGUGAAGGAACUACAGUGGCUUCCUGAUGCUUUGCCUACCUGGUGUAAGCUAAUUGUCACUGCCACCUCCACAGACCUCCCCUACAAAUCCCUGACAUGUAGGAAGGAUGUACAGGUGUUGAACUGUCCCAGCCUAUCAGAUGCUGUUACCAGGCAGAAUGUCCUACUCAGGCAUCUGGCCCUGCCAUGCAAAGAGGUGCCUGGGCCUAUGCUGCAAAGCAUCAUGGGAAAAAAGCUAGGCCUUCUGCCGAUGUUUCUGGCUAUUCUGGGCAAUGACCUGAGGGAGGAAGAGGAGGAGGAAGAGCUGAUGGAGGAGUACCUGGAAGUGGACUCCAUCCCAGAGCUGUGGGCUAAAGUGAUAAAGCGUUGGAUUAAUGACUACAGCUGGGCCUCGGAGACAAGACCAAAGAGACGAAAGAGAGUCCCUCCUCCCACUGCCCCCAAGACAGAGCUGCGAGGCUGGGUGUGGGAUACCCUGUGCCUGAUCCACCUGUCCUACUCUGGGCUGAGAGCGGAGGAGGUUCCCUCCUUGCUGGAAGAGUUUGGGUACCAUGGGGCCUGGCGGGUCCUGCCUCUGAACUGGGCCCUGUUUCGCUCUGCUGCAGGGCCCUGGGUCCAGGAGAGGCCUGGCGGUCAGCUGACCUUCACCCACCAAUCACUGAGCCAGGCAGUGGAGCUCCUCCUUUGGAGUGAGUGA